AUCUGACGCAGUGGCGCACACAGAUUUAAGGGGAAGCGAGGCGCCAAUUCUGAGCUUCUCGAUUCAUUGUUAAUUGAAACAACUCAAACAAUUAGUUCGGAUAUACUAGAUUCGAAUCCGGGGGGCGCCACUAAUUCGAUUUUCGAAGGGAAAUUCGUCGUCUCUUCAUCUUCCUUCCACGAACUAACGGAUGUGAUAAGCAGCGUCCUUUUGGAAGCUUUUCGCGAUGCCUCCCAAAGACAGAGUCGCUUAUUUCUACGACGGGGAUGUAGGAAGUGUGUACUUUGGUCCCAAUCACCCUAUGAAGCCACACCGACUUUGUAUGACACACCAUCUAGUGCUUUCUUAUGAGCUUCACAAGAAGAUGGAGAUAUAUCGACCCCACAAAGCAUAUCCAGUGGAGCUUGCUCAGUUUCAUUCAGCAGAUUAUGUGGAAUUUCUGCAUCGGAUAACACCUGAUACUCAACACAUGUUUUCAAAGGAGCUAAUAAAGUAUAACAUGGGAGAAGAUUGUCCUGUUUUUGAAAACCUAUUUGAAUUUUGUCAGAUCUAUGCUGGUGGCACUAUAGAUGCUGCUCGUAGACUGAAUAAUCAGAUCUCUGACAUUGCAAUAAACUGGGCUGGUGGUCUUCAUCAUGCUAAAAAGUGUGAGGCAUCAGGUUUCUGCUAUAUUAACGACUUAGUGUUGGGAAUUUUGGAGCUACUUAAACACCAUGCUCGAGUUCUUUAUAUUGACAUUGAUGUCCAUCAUGGUGAUGGUGUGGAGGAAGCCUUCUAUUAUACUGAUAGGGUGAUGACAGUGAGCUUUCACAAGUAUGGUGAUAUGUUUUUCCCUGGAACAGGUGAUGUUAAGGUACACAGGCUGGUUCCUUAUGGGUGUAGGCAGGGAAUACAUUUUGAAUGCGGAUUCAUCCUGUUGCAUCCAUGGAUGUACCCUGCAUGGAUGGACUGCAAAACACAAAACCAGAAUGAAUCUGUGGAGGUUGGAGAAAAAGAAGGCAAGUAUUAUGCUAUCAAUGUCCCACUUAAAGAUGGAAUUGAUGAUGCUAGUUUUACACGGCUCUUCAGAACUAUAAUUUCCAAGGUAGUUGAAACAUAUCAGCCAGGCGCUAUUGUUCUUCAGUGUGGAGCUGAUUCACUUGCUGGUGAUCGCCUUGGCUGCUUCAACCUUUCCAUUGAUGGACAUGCACAAUGUGUGAGAAUAGUGAAGAAAUUUAAUUUGCCACUAUUGGUUACAGGGGGAGGAGGUUACACAAAAGAGAAUGUUGCUCGUUGUUGGGCAGUAGAAACUGGGGUACUUCUUGAUACAGAGCUUCCAAAUGAAAUUCCUGAUAACGAUUACAUCAAGUACUUCUCACCAGAUUUUUCUUUAAAGAUCAACACUGUGAAUAUGGAGAACAUGAAUAGCAAGACAUACUUGAGCACAAUUAAAAUGCAGGUUCUGGAGAGUUUAAGGGCUAUUCAACAUGCUCCGAGUGUACAAAUGCAUGAAGUGCCACCUGACAUAUAUAUUCCUGAUAUUGAUGAAGAUGAAUUGAAUCCUGAUGAGCGCAUGGACCAACAUAUUCAAGACAAGCAAAUUCAGCGAGACGAAGAAUACUAUGAUGGAGAUAAUGAUAAUGAUCAUGAGAUGGAAGAAGCAGGCUAGAAGCAGUGAAUGAGGAUUUACUUUUUGUAACCAUUCAUAAGAAGAAUUUUUUGCUGCAACUAAGUUGCCCUGUAGAAUAACAAUUUUCUUGUAAAAUCCAAAUCUUAGAGCUGCUUGACACAUUAACCUUUGAUGGAUACCUCACAAGCUAUGGGCUGUUCAUUUUUGUUAGAAAUGGUUCAGUGUUGCAUUUGUUAGAAAUGACGCUCUUCAUAAACGACAUUGGCUAUGCUUGUUCUGGAUUACCAAGUAAUAUUUGGGGGAUUUACUAAAUCUUCAAAAUAUUUUCUUACAAAUAGUGUAUUUAAAAUCUCAAUUAAAAUUUAUGUUCCCUGAAGACUAGACUUCGUUAUGCUUAUUUAAGCUAUUGGCUGAUUCA